ACAGACAAUACCGUUAUCGCACGUUGGAUAAGUUUUGAUGUGUUUAAUUCCGCUGUCAGGAAUCAGUCGCAUAUUGACGGCCUACGAGAUCUGCCAAUCGCAGCUCUCAAUUGGAGUUACAUCACGUCUCAUCGGAUGUGUCAAGUGAUACCAACUAUCUGGGUUGCCUUAAACCUUCGAUCCCACUAUCAUGACGUGCGGGAGACGAUCCCACGUUGUGAAAGGCGAUGAAUGCAAGGCAGCCGAGUUGUGAUGUAUCAGAAAUUGUCAUCCUUUUAAGAACCCCUUGUGCAAAAGGAGUUGAAGAGAGGACAUGCCGGGUUCGUAGGGCUUAUGGUACACAAAUGCCGAAGAUCUCUGAUAUUGAUAAGCUUGAUUUAUGAGUGUGUGUUAACUAAUUCUUGGCCUGGUUUGAGGAAUUUGGUUGCAUCUUGGCUUAUGGGAGUUGCGAUGAGACGUCAUGCCCAUCAGACGCCUCUUGCAUGUGAAGAUCAACGGUCCACGGAUAUCCUUGGCUUUACUGAGUUUACUCGAAUUAAGUUGAGAUUUGAUAAUUAGUCUAGCUCGCUAAUCGUUCAAGUCGACAGCGGAUUUAGGACGUUACUCUCGCGGAGAGUCCGUCAGUUC